AUGCAUUCAUCAAUCACCCUCCUGGCUCCAUCAGCCCUCACCCUCCUUACCCUCUCCCUCUCAACACUCAUCUCAGCAUCCUGCUCAAUCCAACGCGAUGUCACAACAACCUUCUACGGCUACCCCGACAACUCCCCUCCCGGAGCAGAUAUCGCAUACACCCAAUGCGGCCGCUCCGCCGCCGGCGGAACAGGCACCUACGACGACCCCGUAACAUUCGCCUCUGCAGAAGGCGAAUUCCAAAUCUGCGACAUCAUCUAUGCCCCAUACCUUAAGAAAUAUCUCCGGUUUGAGGAUGAAUGCGAUCAGUGUACUUCCGACUGGGACAAUGAUGGGACAUGGCAUAUCGAUGUGUGGACGGGCAGUAGUUCACGGAAUGGAGGGCAGAAUCAGAUUGAUUGUGAGGAUAAUUUGACGCCGGAUUCGCAGAGUAUUAUUUUGAAUCCGGACAGUGGGUUGGAGGUUGACACUACAGUUCUUUAUGAUCCAAGUAGCCAGACUUGCAACACGGGGCAUACUUUUACUGGGUAUGAUGCUUCGGAGUACUGCUCUUGA